UUCUGUCAGCUAAGUAAUUAUGGUAGUAAGUAAUACUGGCAACAAGUAAUUUAGCUAACCAACACAAGUAAUUCCCUUUUGCAAGUAAAUAAAUUCACAAGUAAUUAAAGCCAUAAGUAAUUCAAGUCCCAAGUAAUUAUGUUCUUAAGCAUUUUAAUUAAAAAGUUAGUCAUAUUUAAUUGUUUAUAUUCCGUACUAGAAUGAAUAAUUAAUUAUGAUAUUUAUUAUUUUGUAUUUAGAGAAUUAUAGUGAUGCUGCACAAAAAGGAAAAACCACAUUUAUUAAUUGCGUACAAACUUUGUUGCAUUUGCAGGUUUAAGAACGCACCUGGAAAUUUCAUCAACAGUUUCGCGUUGUCUGCUUGUCUGUUGUCUGCUUGUCAGUUUGUUUUUUCCAAAAGGAAGUAUGUUGUUGGCUGCACCAACUUAAUGACUGGUGGACCCAGCAAGGAAGAUGGUUGCUUUCUUCGAGUAUACUAUCCUAGUCAAAUAAAAGAUGUAUAUGAACAUUCUUCCCGUUGGGCAAGCUGGCUCCUCCACCCAAAAUACGUAGAAGAUUACACCAUAGUACUAGGAAUGAUUCCUUUCUUUGGCAAGAAGCUGAUAUCCUGGGCCUUUGGAAAUUCAUACAUUCCUAUAGCGUUAGAUGCUGAGCUAUGCAAUGAACAAAGAUUUCCUGUAAUUGUAUUUUCUCAUGGUCUUACUGCGUGCCGUACUGCCUACUCAACUUUCUGCUCAGACAUAUCAUCCCAUGGGUUUAUAGUGGCAGCUAUUGAACACAGGGAUGGCUCCGCUUGCAUGACUUAUAGUCUCGAAACGGAACCAAAUAGUAAAGGAGGUUUAGUCGAAAGCUGGAUCCCUGGAAAUGACUUGUGAAUGCAAUGACUUUUUACCGCUUUUUACUUCUAAUUCCCCUACAACUUUUAUUUACUUGCUUGUAACACUCUUUCUCGACACCUCUCUUAAUUAUACCCCCUUCUCCCAAAAAAACGAACAUUUGAAUAAUGGAAAUAUUGAUUGCGGAUCGGAUUAAUAAAAUCAUUGGUGAUUCAUA